UGUUAUUAUUAUUAUUAUAUUAAAUGUUAUUAUUUUAUUAAAUAUUGUCAUCUCGAUUUCGGAACGGUGACACCGCAGAUAUUCUCCGUAUAUCCUCCGAUAUUGGAUGACUGGGGAUUGUGGGUGGAUUUUGAGUUGAAAUAUCACGGUGGCAUACAUUUGGUGCUGGAAACACGCGUGAAUUUGAUGAAACUGAAAUGUGGGCAGCAGAAAGUGGAGACUGAGAAGAAGGUUAUAAGCCGAAUAACGAGCUCAGAACGCGCUCACCACUACUCCGAUGAGGAUUUGCCGGAAUCGCCGGAAAGCAGUCCGGAUGAGGAUUUUGGUUCGAAAAUGGAGAAUUCGACAACGCGCGAACGAACAGGCAAGAAGAUUCUAUCGAUGGUCGAUAAAAUAGCCAGCUCGAAGUAUUUUCAGGGCGCUUCCGAGUUGAAACCCGUCAAAAAGGUUGAUUUUGGGUGUUUUUUUAGUUGGGCGAUA